CUUUUGCCGCCGCUCCCAUCCGUGCCCAAUCCGACCCGGCGCGUCGCUCCAUGGACUCGCGACUCCGCCGCCUCCUCUUCUUCCUCCUCUUUCUCCGUAGCCAUGUUAGCUCAAUAUGUUUACACGGGAGGACUUCGGUUUCCCGAGCUCGUGCUCAUCCUUCUUGCGAGGCCUGGUCCGCACCAGCUCCUCGCGUGCAGCCCUUCACUGGACGAGCACAGUCCUCAACUACGGGCCCCCUCAGGGUGUUUGUCAACGCCAUGGCUAACCCUGCUCGCCAACAGCAGCAACGGAUGGCAUGGGCGAAAACAUGGGCACGUCGGUGGCGCGUCAAUUCGAAAAGCGAACGUUGGUGGAACUUUGCAUCGGCAAAGUACAGCCGAGGCGACUGCGGCUGCAGCAAAGACGUUGCGUUCUUUGGUAUCGAGACGUCACCAGCCCCACCGACAUCCACCAGCGACAAAGACAAGGGUGAAGGCAAAGGCAAGGACAAGGGCAUCGACAAAUCUCCCACGGCGCGCGAGAAGGCACUCGAGAAGCAGGUAGAAAGGGUUACGGGAGAAGCUCGAAGCUCCAUCUACUGCUGAAUCGGGUGCCACGGAGGCCAAGUGCCCGCCCACGGCAGACGCCGACCAUAUCCGCUGCAAGAGUGAGUUGGGCCUUGCUGGGUCGAUGUUCAAGCGAUGCCCAAAGAGCCAGACACGGAGCUCGGCAGAGAGCAGCGUUUGAAUUUGGAGCGUCAUCGUGACUCGUGCACAGUCCGGCUGAGUGAGGCGCAGCCGCUCGGGCGGCGGGCGCACGACGUGGCCAAUCCGAAAAAGCAGCUGCUGGAGAAGAAGCAUCGCAUCGGAAAGAAUGUGGAGCAGGCGAGAGCAGCGGCAGUCGCUGCGAACGCUGCCGUCGAGGCUGCUGAGCAGGAGCUCAGCGAAGUAUUGGAACAGCUGGUAGCAAAGGAUGCCGAGGUCAAGCAGAUCUUGGACACGGUGCCGAAGGUCCCCAAGGAAAAGGGUCUUGAAGCGCAGAUUGUGGAGGUCAUCGCGUCGGUCGAAAGUCUGAGCGAGUUGUUAAAAGCGAGGGAGCGUGGCGGAGAUGCCGCGUCUGCUUUCACGGCGUCGCUUAAGUCCGUCAUGGGUCAACUUCGACCCAGUGAGCAGGCCUGCGGACCAGCGCUGCAGCCCAGCCCGGCGCCCAUCAUCCUGAAGGGGAGCAGCACCAGCAGCAGCAGCCGCAGCAGAACCUGACUGGGCUCUCCUGGUGAGCAUCCGAUGUUUGCGAUGAAAGAAGCUGGACACACGCGGGGGGCUACAGGACAGGCUUUGCUGUCGAGGUGGCGCAAGGCUCGCCCAUGGCGGCGGAGGUAAAAUGAGGCCGCCUCCGCUGGCGGAAGAUGGCGGAAGCUGGCGGAAGGCCAGCGGGGAUGCGCGGGGGCAGGACGUUGGGCUCGUUCCUCUGGCAUGUCCUGGUGCAGGGUCAUCCGCCUCGCGCGUCUCCGUGGACACACAUCGGUGAAUCAUUCGGUGGCGCCGCGAGUGCGGUAGGCGUUCAGCUAGCCCUCCACGAAGCUUCCAGAGCCUGACGCAGUGCGGGGUAGUGUGCCCAAGA